AACUGUCCAAAGGGUAUUUUUCCCUUCCAGUCUACCCUUUUUCUAUUUCAUCAUCUGAUUUGCUUAAGAACAGAAAGAGAAAUCUAAAAUUUUAUUACGGCUCUCCAUUCUGUAAUCUGAUAAUUUUUCCCCUUUUUUUUCAUUAAUUUUUUUUCAUCAUAAUCCCCACCUUCUUCAUCACCUACUGUCACUUGUCUGUUAACUUUUUUUUUCUUCUUCUUUAAUUUGAUUAAUUUUUAAUAUAUUUUUAUUCUCUGCACCAAACUUUACCUUAUUUUUCCCUCUAGCAUUCUUUCGUCUUUUCGCCUCUCUAAUUUACUCUAAUAUUGCUAUUGAUUUUUCAAUUCGGGGAAGGAACUGGAUUUCUUUGUAUAAUUCUUUGAUAACAAAGCUUUGUUCUUCUUUUUUGGAAUCAUUUCGUGGGCUUUGGAGAGGGUUUUGACGGGAAAUUGUGCUGGUUUUACGUCGGAGUUGGUUCAAUUAUCGAUGACUAACCGAAGUAAUUAUUGAACUCGAGAAUCUGAAUCGGGGAUCUGUGGUAAUUUUUUUAAAAUAGAGGAGAAUCAAAUUGGAAUUUUAGCUGAUUGGUGGCGAUUGAAAGAAAAGGGUUUUGGAUCCGAUCAGGGGAGUAACAGCGCCAUCAGAUGGCGCUGUUCAGACGCUUGUUUUACCGGAAGCCGCCGGAUCGGCUUCUCGAGAUCUCAGAACGUGUCUACGUAUUUGACUGCUGCUUCUCCACGGAUGUGUUGGAAGAAGAUGAGUACAAGGUGUAUAUGGGUGGCAUUGUGGCACAGCUACAAGACCAUUUUCCAGAUGCUUCUUUCAUGGUGUUUAAUUUCAGAGAAGGGGAGAAGCGGAGCCAAAUUUCAGACAUUUUAACUCAGUAUGAUAUGACUGUUAUGGAUUACCCACGGCAAUAUGAGGGAUGCCCUCUGCUUCCGCUUGAAAUGAUUCAUCACUUCCUUCGCUCGAGUGAAAGCUGGUUGUCUUUGGAAGGGCAGCAGAAUGUGCUUCUGAUGCACUGUGAAAGAGGAGGAUGGCCCAUACUUGCUUUCAUGCUUUCUGGUCUUCUGUUAUAUCGCAAACAGUACACUGGUGAGCAGAAGACUCUUGAAAUGAUCUACAAGCAAGCUCCUCGGGACCUUCUCCAACUUCUUUCUCCUUUGAAUCCACAGCCAUCCCAGUUGAGAUAUCUUCAGUAUAUUUCAAGAAGAAAUUUGGGUUCUGAUUGGCCUCCCUCAGAUACACCACUAUUUUUGGAUCACCUAAUUCUUAGAGUACUUCCCCUCUUUGAAGGGGGAAAAGGGUGCAGGCCAGCUGUACGUGUUUAUGGCCAGGACCCUGAAACACCAGCCAAUAGAAGUUCCAAGCUUCUGUUUUCAACUUCAAAGACAAAAAAACAAAUUCGUCACUUCCUAAAGGAAGAGUGUGCAAUGGUGAAAAUAGAUAUUCAUUGCCGUAUUCAAGGGGAUAUUGUGCUUGAGUUCAUUCAUUUGGAUGAAGAUUUGGUACACGAAGAGAUGAUCUUCAGAGUUAUGUUUAACACAGCUUUUGUUCGAGCAAAUGUUUUGACGUUAUACCGUGAUGAGAUUGAUGUGUUGUGGGAUGCCAAGGAUCAAUUUCCAAAGGACUUCAUAGCAGAGGUACUUUUUUCGGAUCCUGAUGCUGUUGUACCUGGUCUCACCAGAGUAGUAGCAAGUGAUGAUGGGAAUGAGAUAGAAAGUGCUUCACCAGAGGAAUUUUUUGAGGUUGAAGAGAUCUUCAGCAAUGCAGUUGAUGCAGUGGAAGGAAAGGUGGAUGACAGCAGUCUCAUAGUCCCUCACAACAAGCCAGAUCAGAAAGAUGUCUGGAGGGAGGAUGGGGAUCCUCCAACAUUUCAAGAUUGUGCGUCAGAUGAUGGGAACCACAAACAUGACACAAAGGUUUAUUCUAGUAUAGAUGCAGUGAAGGACAUAGCAGUGGAUGAUGUGAAUUACAAAUUAGAUAAGAUUAGUUCUGACAUUAAUACUGUGAAGGAUAUAGCAGUUGAUGAUGGAGACAUGAAGAUUGACUCAGUGGUAUUUACUGUUGAUGUGCUGAGAGAUAGAGAAACGAAGGAAGUUAUAGAAGAUGUGAUUGACAAAUUAGAAGAGAUGCAAGAUAAGGGAAAUAGAGCUCAUACUAUUCCAUUGAAGAAGUCAGAGUCUAAGAUGUUUGAGCAGAGGUUGAAAACUGACGUUUCCCAACCUAAACCUGAGAAACUAUUGUCUGCUUCAAAGAAACAGGCUGCGCUGGACCCAAAACCAGCUUUAGAUUCUGUUUUGUUGAAACCAAAGAACGAUCAACUGGAACCUCAGGGUCCUGCAAGACAAGCAAAGCCAAACAUCAUAUCUCGGUGGAUCCCUCCUAACAACGGCUCUUAUACCAAUUCAAUGCAUGUAUCUUACCCACCAUCAAGAUAUAACAGUGCACCGCCUGUACUUUCUAGCAUCACAUCUGAUUCAGGUUCGAAUCGUAAGGGCUCUAUUGGAGCUGUGAUACUAGAGGAUGUUUCAUCUGAGCAAAAAAGUCAGAUGGUUGAGCCUUUUAAGUCUACAGACUCUCCAAAAGAAAUAUUUACCACUCCAAUAAUUCCAACAUCAACUACUGGUUUGCAGCAAUCAGUGUCUAUUCCACUUCCACCUCCGCACAUACCAUCCCCACCACCACCACCACCACCGCCGCCGCCGCCUCCUCCUCCUCCUCUAUCUAGAACGUCUCUUGCAGCAUCACCUCCCCUCCUCCUCCUCCCCGCCCUCCCCCUCCCCCUCUUCUUCCCCCUCCAUCCCUCCAUCCACCUUACAAAGUGGCAAAUAUGCAGAAUAUUGGUAUGGUUUCACAACCUGCAUUUGCAGCCCCUCCUCCGCCUCCUCCUCCCCCUCCUCUUCCCCCUCCCACGUUUUCUAAUAAGCAGACUACUGAACUGGUUAUGCCUCCCAGCUCCACCCCCUUGGAAAUCUGGGUAUUCUUUAGAUGCCUCCUUUGUAGCAUGUUCUUCAUCUCCUCAUGCUACUACACUUAUCAGCACAUCAAAACUUGGUAAUGUUCCUCCUCCUCCUCCCCCUCCUCCACCAAUUCCAGGUGCUAUGACUCCAUCUUUCACGCGAGGAGUGCCAUCACCCCCACCCCCUCCCCCUCCGCCUCCCAUGACUAGAGCUCCAACUACCCCCUUGCCCCCACCACCACCACCACCACCACCACCACCUACUAGACAUGGAGCUUCACUUCAAUCUUCUUAUUAUGGAGCUUUGCCACCUCCUCCACCACCAAUGCCUUCUCAUCAUGGGGCUUCUCCAGCACCACCUCUUUCUCAAGGAACACCAGCUACACCCCCACCACCCCCGCCUAGGUUUGGUGCCCCUCCUCCUCCACCUCCACCACCCUCAUUGAAGUCCACUGCCCCACCUCCACCCCCUCCACCGCCAUUGAUGUCUAGUGCCCCACCUCCACCUUCAUUGCUCCCAUCAGUGCCUGGUCCUCCACCUCCACCUCCACCUCCCCCAUCGGUGUCUAGUGCCCCACCUCCAAAAUUUGGAGUCCCUCCUCCACCCCCUCCCCCUUUGCGUGGAGCACCACCUCCUCCUCCCCCACGUGGAGCUCCACCCCCACCACCUCCACCUGCUCGUGGAGAACCAGCACCGCCCCCCCCUCCUAUGCGUGGGGCACCUGCACCGCCCCCGCCUCCUAUGCGGGGGGCUCCUCCACCUCCUCCAGGUGGAGCACCACCUCCACCGCCACCUCCUGGAGGUCGAGCUCCUGGCCCUCCAGCUCCACCUGGAGCUCCUCGUGGUGCACCUCCGCCUCCACCAUUGGGUGCUAGAGCAGCCGAUGUGAGAGGUAGAGGGCGUGGGCUAUCGCGUCCUGGAGCUGCUGCUGCACCUCGGAGAUCUUCCUUAAAGCCAUUACACUGGAGCAAGGUUACAAGGGCAAUACAAGGAAGCUUAUGGGAAGAAUUGCAAAGAUAUGGAGAGCCUCAAAUUGCACCUGAAUUUGAUGUGUCUGAGAUUGAGACUCUUUUCUCUGCUGUUGUUCCUAAACCUGCUGAUUCUGGGGGUAAAUCUGGAGGCCAACGCAAAUCUGCUGGAUCAAAACCUGACAAAGUCCACUUGAUUGACUUGAGGAGGGCCAACAACACUGAAAUUAUGCUCACUAAAGUCAAGAUGCCACUUUCUGAUAUGAUGGCUGCAGUGCUAGCAAUGGAUGAUACAGCAUUAGAUGUAGAUCAAGUGGAAAAUCUGAUAAAGUUUUGCCCAACUAAAGAGGAAAUGGAACUUCUCAAGGGCUACAGUGGUGACAAGGAGAAUCUAGGAAAGUGUGAACAGUACUUUUUGGAGCUGAUGAAAGUGCCACGAGUAGAGUCAAAAUUAAGAGUGUUUUCCUUCAAGAUUCAGUUUGGUUCUCAGAUUUCUGAAUUUAGAAAGAGCUUAAACACAGUAAAUUCUGCAUGUAAUGAGGUACGGAAUUCUGUUAAAUUAAAGGAGAUCAUGAAGAAAAUUCUCUAUCUGGGAAAUACAUUGAACCAAGGAACCGCAAGGGGUUCUGCUAUUGGAUUUAAGUUGGACAGUCUUCUAAAGCUCACAGAUACACGUGCUUCAACAAGCAAGAUGACGCUGAUGCAUUAUCUUUGCAAGGUCCUAGCUGCCAAGGCACCAGCACUUCUAGAUUUUCACCUGGAAUUUGUUAGCCUUGAGGCUGCAACUAAGAUACAAUUAAAAUCUCUAGCAGAAGAAAUGCAAGCUAUAAUUAAGGGAUUAGAAAAGCUUAAGCAGGAACUGGUUGCCUCUGAAAAUGAUGGUCCUGUGUCCGAAGUUUUCCGGAAGACAUUAAAGGAAUUUAUUUCUGUUGCUGAAACGGAGGUGGUGUCGUUAACAAAUCUAUAUUCUAUGGUGGGUAGAAAUGCAGAUGCACUUGCACUCUAUUUUGGUGAGGAUCCUGCCCGAUGCCCGUUUGAGCAAGUUACUGCAACCCUCUUAAAUUUUGUGCGGCUGUUUCGGAAAGCACAUGAAGAGAAUGUUAAACAGGCUGAACUGGACAAGAAGAAAGCCGAGAAGGAGGCUGAAAUGGAGAAAGCCAAGGAAGCCAACCUUAAAAAGAAGAGUGCAAAGUAGUGAAAAUCAGUUUCUGCAUUCCUACAAGGUAAUAUGCUCCUUCCAAUCAGCAGAAACCUGUGCAGACGAGUAUGAGUGAAAUGAGAGGAACAGCUGCUUUGGAGGACUUUAGAGGUGCCUCCUAUUUUGUGCCUUGGGAGACGUUGUGAACGAGGCUUUUUAGGGCCUUCAAUUAUGUAUAAGGCUUCAGGAGACAUUUUCUAUGGGAAGAUAUUCAGAUCCGGUUGCCAUGGAUAAUUCCAUGAAUGUUCCAAAGUAGAUGUCAGAUGGAGCAGAGAGCGGGUUAUGAUCACAACUGAGUAACAGAUAAUCCGAAUAUGCAGAGUUAUCAAGGUAACUGCUACGAGCCUUGUAGCAUUAUUUUGAGUAUGAAAUUUGUAGACUGGGUGGACCUUCUACGAUUUCAUUUCAGCUUCCACCAUUCACCUGGCACAUUUGAUUCAGCCUGUGGAAUCGUAAGAGCUGGUAAGUCCCACUGUACUAUGAAAACAUGUAGUGUACAAAGUUCUAACCAUCCACUUACUGUAGAAUUCAAUUCUUUAUCUUGUAUUCUUGUAACAUAAUCUUUUUUUUUUCUUUUUCCUGAAAAAAGCCCACCGGAGAAAGAGGUUGUAUAGGAGGUUAGGUUUUAGAGAAGGGAAAUCUACAAGAGGGGCUUUCUUAUUGUAACUGUAAAAUAGCACCCAGACUAUAUAGCCUGCUGAUUUGUAAAA